AUGAUGAACAAUUUUUUAAAGAAACAUGAUCUAGACUGGUUGAAUUGUUUGACAGUGUGCACUGAUGGAGUUCCAUUAAUGAUGGGAAAUCGUUUGGGUUUUGUUACUCACAUUAGAGCAGGAAAUCCUGAUUCUAUAAUAAUUCACUGUUUUUUGCAUCAAGAAAAGCUUGUUUCUCAUCGCUUGAAACCAGACCUCCAUGCAAUUCUAAAUGAUGCUAUCCAAAUUGUGAAUUUUGUCGAGGCCAGGGCUUUAAACUCACGUAUUUUCCAUAAAAUAUGUGAAGAGAUGGGAUCAUAUCACCAAGACUCGCUGUUCCCCUCUGACGUCCGUUGGUUAUCUCAAGAAAAAAUUCUUGGAAGUGUUAUUGAACUAAAAACUGAAAUUGAAAUCUUUCUCUAUGAGAAAAAGUAUGCACUUUCAGGUUGCUUUCAAGACGUUGCUUGGCUGAUGAAGUUUUCUUAUUUGGGUGACAUCUUCAUGCACCUGAGUGAACUGAAUUCAGACAUGGAGGGUCGAAAUCAUACCAUGGUGGACAUAGGGGAGAAAAUUGUCUCAUUCAAGAAAAAAAUUGCUCUUUAG